AUGACCGAACUCAAAGAGCAAGAGUCCAACCGGACCUACCGUGGCAACUGCCACUGCGCCGCCUUCGUCUAUGAGGUCGAUCUCCCCGAAAUCAAGACCGUGAGCGAGUGCAAUUGCAGCAUCUGCACCAAGAAGGGGACUCUCUGGGUCAUGCCGGCCCCCGAAAAAUUCCGCGUCGUUAAGGGCGCCGAGAAGGACCUCUCCAGCUACAAGUUCGGGUCGGAACAAAUGAUCCAUAAGUUCUGUGGGAAUUGUGGUACCGCCAUCAUGGUGGACUUCCCCAACGGGCCGCCGAACAUGAAGAUAGCGUUGAAUGUGCGCUCGAUCCAAGACCUCGACACCCUCAAGCUGGAGAGAAAACCUUUCAAUGGCGCAAGUUAUGGAGCCCAGUAUGAGCCUCCAGCGCAUAGGGGUCCGAGACCGACGGCCAAGAUCGAAGGGGGCAAGCUCUACAACGGAAGCUGCCACUGCGGCGCGGUCACGGUGGCGGUCAUCAGUAAGCCCAUCGACGAGACUUACGAAGAUACGAUUAUCGACUGCAAUUGCAGCAUCUGCGAGAGAGUGAGCCGCUACCCUGAUCGUGUCCAUGCGCACAACGCCUACAUCUGGGUUAAACCUGACGCUGACCAGCUCGUGCUGUCGGGAGAAGACGACAAUAUUGGCCGCUACACAUUCUCCCACCGCAUCCUCGCAAAGACCUUUUGCAAGACCUGCGGCGUCCCGCUCACGAACCAGUUCAACCCGCUGACGGAGGAGGAAUACAAUGCGUUGACCGAAAAGGCACAGUUUUGGCACAAGUGGUCCAAGGACAAACACCCUGUGAAUGUUCGGGUAUUGCAUGGGGUGGAUUUGAAGAGCCUGAAGAUUCAUCACGUAGACGGCAAGACUGAGCAUCAGCCGGGGUAUGUGAACCCAUGA